AGGCGAAGGGGGGAUUGUCGCCGUGCGGAUGGUGAAGCCGGACGGAGGCAGCGGCGGUGUUAUUGUUUCUGAAUGAAAACCAGACUGCAAAUUGACAAAUGUUGUACAGGCGUUUUAUUUAAAUACUGUUAGGAUUUAUUUUGUACCAGGUGGACAUGCUAUGAAACUAUUUAAUUGUUUUGUACAGUAUUUAUACUCCAGCAAGUAGCUUACCAUUUUAAUGAGGUGCCCAGGCCGCGGAGCCGCCGCUAGUCGAUUUUAACAAUAGCCGCGACACAGUCCCCUUCGCACGGGCAGCUGUUUUGACGCGAAUUUGUCGUUAAAACGCGGCUUGUGAACAGAAAAAUACGCGUUGUAAUACUUAUGUUCCGAUGUGGCCUCUCUUUUGAGACGUUCAUUGUUUUUAUGGACAGUUUUUAAGCACGAGCGUGGAGUGGCUUUCAACAUACAGCACGAAUAUUUUGGAAAACACAAAAGGAAGAUGUCCAACGGCGCAGCAGGAAGCGGAGGCUUGACUUGGGUGACCCUCUUUGAUAAGAACAAUGCGGCACGGAAGGAGGAGGCCAACGGGCGUUCCGAGGGCGGGAAGGGGGAGGCGGCCAGGAAGGACGGGUCCAAGAAGAUGUCCGUCGAGCGCGUCUACCAGAAGAAGACCCAGCUGGAGCACAUCCUGCUCCGCCCCGACACCUACAUCGGAUCGGUCGAACCCGUCACCCAGCAACUGUGGGUUUUUGACGAGGAUAUCGGGAUGAACAUGCGGGAGAUCACCUACGUCCCCGGACUGUACAAGAUCUUCGAUGAGAUUCUGGUGAACUCGGCCGAUAACAAGCAGAGGGACAAGAACAUGUCGUGUAUAAAGAUCACGCUCGACCCCGAGUCGAACACCAUCUCCAUCUGGAACAACGGGAAGGGCAUACCUGUGGUCGAGCACAAGGACGAGAAGAUGUACGUCCCCGCCCUCAUCUUCGGACACCUGCUCACCUCCAGUAACUACGACGACGAGGAGAAGAAGGUCACAGGCGGGAGGAACGGAUAUGGUGCUAAACUCUGCAAUAUCUUCAGCACAAAAUUCACUGUGGAAACGGCCUGUAAAGAAUACAAACACAGCUUCAAACAGACCUGGCAGAACAACAUGACCAAGGCCAGUGAGCCGCGGGUGAAGUUCUUUGACGGGGAGGACUUCACCUGCGUGACGUUCCAGCCGGACCUGUCCAAGUUUAAGAUGGAGAAGCUGGACCGGGACACGCUGGCCCUCCUCACGCGCCGGGCCUACGACAUCGCCGGGUCCUGCCGGGGCGUCAAAGUCAUGCUCAAUGGGAAGAAGCUUCCGGUCACCGGCUUCCGCAGCUACGUGGACCUGUACGUGAAGGACAAGCUGGACGAGACGGGCGUGGCGCUGAAGGUGGUGAACGAGACGGUGAACGACCGCUGGGAGGUGUGUCUGACUCUCAGCGAGAAGGGCUUCCAGCAGAUCAGCUUCGUCAACAGCAUCGCCACCACCAAGGGCGGCAGGCACAUUGACUACGUGGUGGACCAGAUCGUGGCCAAGCUCAUCGAGGUGGUGAAGAAGAAGAACAAAGCCGGAGUGUCGGUCAAACCCUUCCAGGUGAAAAACCACAUCUGGGUGUUUGUGAACGCUCUGAUUGAGAACCCCAGCUUCGACUCGCAGACCAAGGAGAACAUGACGCUGCAGACCAAGAGCUUCGGCUCCAAGUGUCCGCUCUCUGAGAAGUUCAUCCGCGCGGCGACGAACUGCGGCAUAGUGGAGAGCAUUCUGAACUGGGUGAAGUUCAAGGCCCAGACUCAGCUCAACAAGAAGUGCUCGUCCGUCAAGUACAGCAAGAUCAAGGGCAUCCCCAAGCUGGACGACGCAAACGACGCAGGUGGGAAGCACUCGUCAGACUGCACGCUCAUCCUGACGGAGGGGGACUCGGCCAAGUCGCUGGCGGUGUCGGGGCUCGGGGUGAUCGGCAGGGACCGCUACGGCGUGUUCCCCCUCCGCGGGAAAAUACUCAACGUCCGGGAGGCCUCCCACAAACAGAUUAUGGAGAACGCUGAAAUCAACAACAUCAUAAAGAUCGUGGGCCUGCAGUACAAGAAGAGCUACGAGGACCCAGAAUCCCUCCGCUCCCUACGCUACGGAAGGAUCAUGAUCAUGACCGAUCAGGACCAGGACGGCUCCCACAUUAAGGGGCUGCUCAUAAACUUCUUCCACCACAACUGGCCCUCCCUGCUGAAGCACACCUUCCUGGAGGAGUUUAUCACGCCCAUCGUCAAGGCCAGUAAGAACAAGCAGGAGUUGGCAUUCUACAGCAUUCCAGAGUUCGACGAGUGGAAGAAACAGACAGAAAACUACAAAACCUGGCACAUAAAGUACUACAAAGGGUUGGGUACGAGCACAAGCAAAGAGGCGAAGGAGUAUUUUGCCGACAUGGAGAAGCACCGCAUCACGUUCCGCUACACCGGCACGGAGGACGACGCCGCCAUCACCCUGGCCUUCAGUAAAAAGAAGACGGAUGACAGGAAGGAGUGGCUCACCAACUUCAUGGAGGACCGGAGACAGCGCAGGUUACACGGCCUGCCGGAGCAAUUCCUGUACGGCACGCAGGCACGGCACCUCUCCUACAACGACUUCAUCAACAAAGAGCUCAUCCUCUUCUCCAACUCCGACAACGAGCGCUCCAUCCCCUCGCUCGUCGACGGGCUGAAGCCGGGGCAGCGGAAGGUGCUGUUCACCUGCAUGAAGAGGAACGAUAAGAGGGAGGUGAAGGUGGCCCAGCUGGCUGGAUCAGUGGCCGAGAUGUCUGCCUACCAUCACGGCGAGCAAGCCCUGAUGAUGACCAUAGUGAACUUGGCGCAGAACUUUGUGGGCAGCAACAACGUGAACAUUCUACAGCCCCUGGGGCAGUUUGGCACCCGCAUCAACGGGGGCAAAGACGCUGCCAGCCCCCGUUACAUUUUCACCAUGCUCAGCCCGCUGGCCAAGCUGCUCUUCCCCGCGGUCGACUCCAACCUGCUCAAGUUCCUGUACGACGACAACCAGAAGGUGGAGCCGGAGUGGUACAUCCCCAUCCUGCCCCUGGUGCUGGUGAACGGGGCCGAGGGCAUCGGCACGGGCUGGGCCUGCAAGAUCCCCAACUACGACCCGCGCGAGAUCGUUAACAACAUCAACCGCAUGCUGGGCCACCAGGACCCCCUGCCCAUGCUCCCCAGCUACAAAAACUUCAGGGGCGUGAUCCACGAGCUGGGUCAGAACCAGUACUUUGUGAGCGGAGAGGUGUCUGUGCUGGACAAGAACACCAUCGAGAUCACAGAGCUGCCCAUCCGCACCUGGACACAGGCGUAUAAGGAGUCUGUGCUGGAGCCCAUGCUGCAGGGCUCUGAUAAGACGCCGGCACUCAUCAGUGACUAUAAGGAGUACCACACCGACUCCACCGUGAAGUUCGUGGUGCGGAUGAGUGAGGAGAAGCUCAUCGAGGCCGAGGCAGCCGGCCUGCACAAAGUCUUCAAGCUGCAGUCCAGCCUCACCUGCCACUCUAUGGUGCUCUUUGAUCACAUGGGCUGUCUAAAGCGGUACGCCUCCGUCACUGACAUCCUCAAGGAGUUCUUCGAGCUCCGCCUCCACUACUACAAGCUGAGGAAGGAUUGGCUGGCUGGCAUGCUGGGGGCGGAGUCAGCCAAACUGUCCAAUCAGGCACGGUUUGUGCUGGAGAAGAUUGAGGGGAAAAUUUCCAUCGAGAAUAAGUCCAAGCGGGAGCUGAUUCGCCUACUCUUGCAGAGGGGCUACGAGUCCGACCCCGUGGCAGCCUGGAACAAGGCCCAGGAGAAGUCAUUGGAGGAGGAGGACGCGGACGCCAACGACAGCGACGGCUCCGUGGACUCGGGCUCGUCGUCGGGGCCGAACUUUAACUACAUCCUGGGCAUGCCCCUGUGGUGCCUGAGCAAGGAGAAGGUGGAGGAGCUGCUCAAGCAGAGGGACAGCAAGAAAGGCGAGCUGAACGAGCUUCAGAGGAAAUCUUCGGAAGACCUGUGGAAGCAGGACCUGGCCGUCUUCAUCGAGGAGCUAGACCGGGUGGAAGCGCAGGAGCGGGAGGAGAUGAGCGCGGGGAAGGGCGUGAAGCUGGUGAAGGGGAAGGUGGGGAAGCCCAAGGUGAAGAAGAUGCAGCUGGAGGAGACGCUGCCCUCCCCCUACGGCCGGCGCGUGGUGCCCCAGGUCACGCAGGCCAUGAAGGCCGACGCCUCCAAGAAGAUGACCAAGAAGAAGAAGGGUGACGUGGACCUGUCGAUAAAGAUGGAGUUCGACGAGGAGUCGGGGGCCCUGGCGGGGUCGGAGGGCGGGGGGGGGGACUCGCUGACCUCCCCCUCGGGAAUGCCGCUGGUGGGGGCCAAGCCCAAAACCCCACGGGUCAAACGGGAGAAGAAGGAACCAGGCACCCCCAGGGUGAAGAAGACUCCGGGACCGAAGGGAUCGGGGAAGAAGGUGAAGAAGAGGAACCCCUGGUCGGAGGACGACUCCAAAUCAGACAGCGACCUGGAGGACAGCGAACCUGUGGUCAUCCCCCGAGACACCAAGAGCCAGAGAUCCUCAGCUGGGAAGCCCAAGUACACGUUUGACUUCUCUGAGGAAGAGGAUGGGGAUGAAGAGGCGGAGGACGAUGUCAUGCCCUCCUCCCCGAUCCGGUCCUACAAGGACGACCUCACCGCCUCGGAGAGUCAGGGCCGUUACCACGACAACGGCGACGGCGGCGACGAUGACGAUGAUGAAGACGACAUCUUCCCACCGCCAAAACAGACCUCAACCACCACCACGUCCAUCUCACCAGCAAAGAAGAAGAAGGAAGCAGACGGCAUAUUCUCCAAAUCCACGUUCUCAGAGAGGAGCAACGACAGCGACGGCCUGAAGUUCAGUGACGAUGAGGACGAACACAGAGCAGCCUUCACGUACUCCAGCAGUUCCACGUUUGAAAAGCCAGCAAAGAAAGCGAAGAAGCCGGCGGAGAGCACCCCCAAACCCAGGAAAGCCCCCAAACCCGUGAAGAAGCCCGACACGUCCAUCUGGGACUCCGACUCGGACGGCGGGGAGGCCAAGAAGCAGCCAGCACCCUCGCUCAAAGGUAAAGGCCGGGGGAGGAAGAGGAAGCCCUCAGGCUCUGAGGAAGAUGAGUACAGCCCUGUGAAGAAGACCGGGAAAGCCCCCACCAGCAGAGUGAGUAAGUCCAGGAAGCCCGUGUCAGACGGGGAGGAGGAGCUGGACGCCCGCAGCCUGCAGCAGGAGGCUCUGUCGCGGGAGCGGCCCGGCCGCGCCAAGAAGGAGGUCAAGUACUUCACUGAGUCAGACGAGGACGAGCAGUACGACAUGUUCACCUAGAGAGCACUCACUCACACACACACUCACACACUCACUCACUCACACUCACACACACACACACACACACACUCACACUCACACACACACACAC